CAGAUCAGCGUAUCGGAGCGACUGCUUGCUCGGGAGCAGAUGCGUUCGGCCGGUCCGCGUGUGUGAUGACACGCUGCAAAGUGGCCAGCGGCGCAGUGGAUAAGUGGAGUGCGGAGUGCGGGAUUUUUUUGAAACGAAGAGAAGGCGGGCAAAAUAUUCCAGUCACGUUUUGGGGGCUGUCAGCCGGCUGUCCUGCGAGGCGCUGGAGUGGAACCCGGUCCGGCGACGGUAGACGGACACCUGCCGUAGGAUGUAAACUGACUUCCCACUCUUCCCGCCACAUGAAGACCACUCUGGCCGCCAUCUUCAUCAAUGUCUCGUGGGAAGCCGAAGAAGAAAACCAUGUGGCGUGGUAGCCGCUGUUGCUAUGUGUAAAGAGGUACCGGGGCCGCCAAUGGAGACCGAAGGCUAUCGUGACCUCCCGGAGACCAGCGAUGGUCAGGGGGUAGGCCUGCUGGAUGGACGGGGCGGGGGUGCGGCGGAGGAGGAUUGGAGUGCCGCCUACCCUCUGGGCUUCCAGGUGUCCUUGACCACCGUGCUGAUCCUAGAGCUGGUGCUGGGCUUCAGCAGCAACUUGACCGUACUGGUGCUGUACUGCGCUCAGUCAAACCUGGUGGAUUCAGUCAGCAACCUGGUCACCGUCAACCUCCAUGUCCUGGACAUACUGGUCUGCGUGCUGUGUCUGCCGCUCACAGUGGCCGUCAUCCUAGUCCCGGCUAACGGAAGCGGCGUGGGCGGACUGGCGACGUUGUGCUGCUUCCACGAAGCUUGCGUCACCUUCACCAGUGUGGCCACGGCCGUGAAUGUCCUGGUGAUCAGCUUGGACCGCUAUGACAUCUCAGUGCGUCCUGCCAGCCGCCUCCUGAACCCCCGCCGCGCCGGACUGCUCCUGGCAGCCGUGUGGGCGGUCUCUCUGGCCGUCUUCUUCCUACCUUUCCUCGAGGGGGACUUCUUCUCUUCAAGGGCGGAGGACAGCGAGGAUGAAGAGCCAGGGAUGCAGAACAUAGACUUUGAGUCGAUUACUGGGCGCACAAGGCUUUAUUCUUCUUCUCUUUCCCCUUCAGUUUUACCGUCAAUGCAACCCUCCUCGCUUUCACACAACCUUUCUCCGGUAUGGCAGAACAGAACGCUGCUAUGCGUCGGAGGGCAAGGGUACUACACGGGAAUGGCGAUGUAUUACCACUUGUUACUCCAAGUGCCGUGUUUCUUCAUCGCUGUGGUUGUCAUGCUCUUCACCUACUCCCGGAUCCUACAGGCCCUCAACAUCCGCAUAGGCUCCCACAUGAUGAGGGGCAGCCGUACAAAGGACUCCACCUGCAGGAUACGCUGCAGGAGGACGAAGAAGAAGGACCUCACCUUGCCAACCGAGGUAGUCUCUUCCAAUCAGAACCAGAAUCUCUCUCAUCCUCCCCUUAUUCCCUCCCCUAUCCCGACGUCCCCUCCACCGCUCUGCUCCAUGCCCCAGGGGAUAUCUGACAGCGGUGCCACAGUCACCACCGUCAGUACCGCCGCCACCACCCCCAUCGCCACCACUCCUGCCACUCCCGCUUCUCCGACUCCGGCGGCUUCCGGAUCCAAGCAGACCCACGCCACCUCCCCGCUGCCGGCUUCCUCCAUGGGCGUCCAGGCCUCGGUUUCUGCGAUCAUCGCCUUGAGACGAGCCGUGCGUAGACACAGGGACCGACGAGAGCGUCAGCGGCGUGUCCUUAAAAUGUCGCUCAUCAUAAUAUCCACCUUCUUGGGCUGCUGGGCUCCAUUGUCCGCAGUCAACAUUCUGAUCCUGUGUAUGGGCCCCAGCGAUGGCUUGGUGCGGGUCCGUCUCUGCUUCCUGGCCAUGGCGUACGGAACCACUAUCUUUCACCCUCUACUCUACGCUUUCACCAGGCAGAAGCUGCGGCGUGCCCUCAAAACACGGGUGAAAAAAAGGGUCGUGUCCCUUCUGCAGGUGGACCCGGCUCCCGUUGGGGGAACGGUCAUUCAUAACUCCUGGGUGGAAGGGGGAGGUCAGAGGAAGGUUCGCAAGGCCCGGGUGGAGGCCAGCGACGGCACUGAUCGAUGCCUCACCGAGGCUGUGAGGGAAUGAGGCUGGUCUUCAUGGCGUACGUGCGGUUGUUUGAGAAUUGCGUGCAGUUUUUCCGUUGAUGGAUGGCGUGUGUGUCCUUGCAUGUGUGUGAGAGGCAAUUAGUUUACAAAGGACUGAUCCCGUGACCUCCACCUGCAGGCUGAUGUGGCGCUAGGUGAGGUCUAACAAGAGCCAUUAUUCUGCACUUCCUAACUGACAUCACACCUGAAAAUGCUCCACAAUAACGCGAGGCCUGGAUGACAUCAGCUCUUUACCUAAUGGCUUCUGCACCCUCGUGCUUGUGCAUAGACCACACACACUCAGUCAUUAAAAAAAAGCACACCAAACCUGGCAGGCUUGUGGAAAGUUCCAAAAUCAAACUGAGAAUGUCCGCCAAAUUAGAUCCAGUUUGAUGAAUUAGAGUUGUUUUUAAUUCAGGGCUUUAAACAGGAAGUGGAAUUGCAACCCCAAUACAAAUUUAAAGUUCUAGCCGAACAUUUAGUCGUCGCUCGUUUAAGCGUCAUUGCUAUGGUUGUCACCCGGCCACUACAACACGGCAAUGUCUUGGAUAUACUUCAUCACAUCCUGGGUAAUUCCUAUAAAUUAGAAUUGGUCUUUUUUUGGCGCUGAAACCACGGGCGGAGGUUGUCCUGCACAAAGAUAGUCAACUUGACAGUCGCAGCUACCAUCAUUAUUUGUGUUGUUAGUAGGGGUGUAACGCUACACAAAGAUUUCGGUUCGGUACGUACCUCGGUUUAGAGGUCACUGUUCGGUUCGUUUUCGGUACAGUAAGAAAACAACAAAAUGUACGUUUCUUGGUUAUUUAUUUACCAAAUUUGUAAACAAUGGCUUUAUCCUUUUAACAUUGGGAACACUAUAAUAAUUCUGCCCACGUUAAUCCACAUUAAACUGCCCCAAAUUGUUGCUCAGAUUAAAUAAAACGACAAAACUUUUCUUCUACGUAUAAAAAGUGCAACAUUAAACAGUUUCAAGUCAACUCAUCGUGCUUAAUUUAUCACAACAUUUGGGAAGCCUGCUUUUGAUUUUUAUUAUGUAAAUGUUUUAUUUUUAUCAACAUGUGAUAGCAGGGACCCUGCCAUUCAAAGCUUUU